UUUUUUUUUUCUUUUUCCUUUUUUUUUCUCUCUCUCUCUUCUCUUCUUUAGCUUUUUUUAUAUCCAUUCUCAUGUCACAAGAAGCAAAUACUUCUCCUUCGGAAAACAAAUCACAGUCAAUUAAUACUACUACUACCACUACAAAUGCUUCCGGAUUUGAUAGUGAACAUGCACUGACUGAUACUGCUAAUCAUACUACAGCGGCAACAACUACGGGCGACGUUGAUGAUACCUCGACCAACCACCAAACCACAACAAUGACAUCUUCCCCAACAUCAACAACUCCUCAAGAACAAGUUCACUCUUCACCGUCAGUGGUUAUGUUGAAAGAAGCUUUUCCCAAUACUGAUAUUGAUGUGAUCGAGGCCAUCUUGGAUAGUCACGGCGGAAACGUAGAACGAUCUUUUGAAGACCUAUUACAUAUUUCUGAUCCAAACUAUCAACCUGAACAACAACAAACACGACGUACAACCAUUCAAGAUGAUGAUGGAGCUCCACCUAUGCCACCUAGACCACGUCAGGAACCUCUUAGUCCUGAAGAACAGAUGCGAAUGGAUGAACAAUAUGCAAAAGAACUCGCUUUGGAAGAUGAACGACAAAGGAUGAGACAACAUCAAAGCAGGCAACAACAGCAACAACAACAACAACAACAGUCAAAUGAAGGACCUAUGGAUGAAUUCAUCAAAGAUUUACAAGAGGAACUACCAGUAAUCAAAGGGAAAAUGAUAGAAGCUGGAAAUGCUGCCAAGAAAAAGGUCAUGGAUUGGUAUAAUCAAGUCAAAACCAAUCGAAUGAACAAUGAUGACAAUGCUUACAAUCCUGGCCAUUCUACUGGAUCUUCUAUGCCAACAUCCAAUGCUCGCUAUCGAGGUUUGCCAAGCGAUCAUGAUGAUGAUUUGUUAUCAGGUGAUAUGACAGCUUUACACCUUUCUGAUCACGACGUUUAUACUCAGACUGGCCGACAACAACAACAACAACGACAAGCCAAGAAUUUUUAUGACUAUCAAGGAUCCGACUUUGAUACAAAUGAUACCUCUGUACCUUCCAAUGUAAUUCAUGUCAAUAGUCCACCACCUCGAUCCAAUAUCUAUAAAAGUCAAGAAGCCCAGAUCUUGGCCGAUGAAGAAUUUGCAAGACAAUUGGCUCAAGAUGAUGAAUUAUGGCGUCAGAGACAACAGCAACAAGAAACACCUCCUAUGCCUCCAAGACAAAACUCUCCAAGUAUGACGAAUAACAACAAACAAUCCCCUACUGUUAUAGUAGCACCUCGCUCUCCUUUGGAAGAAUAUGAUGAACAAGAUAACAAAGAAAACGUGCCAUUGAAUGCUGUCAAAAAGAUGGAUACCAAAAAGGAGGAAGACAUCAAUACUCGAUCGUAUGUUAUUGGAGAUUAUGAUGACUCUGAUGAUGGAUUGGUUGAUUUGGAUGAUGAAGAAGAUCAAGAUGUAGUGGCAACAGCGCAAAAAUCUGAUGAAAAGAAAAUUGAUUCCUCCAAACAUUGAAACUCGUUUGCUUAGCAUAAUUAUCAUCUUUAUAUUGUUUCUUUUAGCCUAUUCUCUCUCUAUUCAUACUACUUUCUCCCUCUUAUACUUUUGAAUAAAUCAUAUACAUCAUGUUAAUCUUUUAUCAACUCA